UUUCUUCUGAAUUUCUUCUAAAGAAUCCCGGAUUUCCACGACGAAGUAUUUUUGUUUCGUGAUUGCAAGACGGGGAAGAAGACAGCAAGUGUUUCUCAUCGAGUGACGGAGAGAAAAGUAGAUCAAAUUCGCUGUUCAUUAGUCCGAUUUGUAACGAUCGGGCGACCGUCACGGUGACCGUGGGAAAACUCGAAAAUGUUCCCACGCUGCCGUUACGUUGCAAGUGUAUGUCGCAUGUGCGUGUGAAAUUCCUCUGGGAGGAUACGGAGCAGAGCGCGGGGGUCGCGGAGAGCGACGGGCAAGAGGAUGAGCGCCCAGGGGCAGGAGCACGGACACGCGGUGGUCGUCUGGGAGUGGGAGAAUCGUCACGGACGUUGGCGGCCUUAUAGUCCGGCCGUGUCGCAGCAUCUCGAACGGGCCCAUUAUAAGAAACUCACGCGGGUGUUUCUCAACGACGCGGAUCCCAGUCUCGACAGGUAUUACAUCAAUUUGAAGACAAAAACACAAUGCUGCGACGACGGUGACGAGACGCACAAUGUGAGGAGAAAGUUUUAUCUGCCAGGUUCACCAGCCGGCAAAGGUGCCAAAUGGGAAUGGGCAGGUGAUUCGGAUGAUUGGCAUACUUAUGAUAUGGAAGUACAAUGUCUUAUAGAAGAAGCAUGGGCGAGAGGUGACAAAACUAUCGACAUUUCCAAAACUUAUUUGGGUUUCCCUUAUAUCAUCAAUUUCUGCAAUCUGACUCAAGUGAGAUGUUGUACGGGAUAUGUAAGGCCGAUAAGACGAAUACAACAGGCGCCUUAUCCACUGGUCAAAGUCGCGCUGGAAGAAUUGCAAGUCACUUCCGGGAGGAGAUCCGCGUCGGUUACGGUCAAAAGUUCCACCGUCAAAGUUACGCAUAAGAAAUCGUCUAACGGAAGUACAAAGAAAAACAACAAGAAAAGUAAAAGCGGAGAGACGAACGGACCAACGAAUAUUGCACGUGUUAUUCUCAGUAAUUUCAACAUAUUUGGUAGCAAACAUGGCAUUGAGAACAAUCCCGCGGCGACGAAUGUGGAGUCCGGUCAGAAGAGGAAGACCUGGGACGCAGUGCUGGACGUCGAUUCCAGCAGCACUAAGAGCGGUCGCAGGCCAAGCGUGGACACCGUGUCCACGUAUUUGAGUCACGAGAAUCCAAUAGAUUUGCUGGACAGCAGCAUGGGAAGCGACGAUGCGUUCAAGGAUUCCAUUCUUGAGAUGGACGCUACAUCGGACGUGAUAUCCCAGUAUGUAAAAGUGGUGGAAAGCGACGGCUCCGAUUCGUGUCCGGUAUGCCUGGGCGUUCCAGAGCCAUUAACGGUCGAACUGACGCGUUGCAGACACAGACUGCACUUGGCGUGUUUGAACGCGAUGCUUAGCUCCCAGCAGCCACCCAUGUAUAUACAAUGUCCAGUUUGUCGUAUGAUUUACGGCGAGAAAAGAGGCAAUCAGCCGCCGGGCAUGAUGAACUGGACGCGGAUACCGCGAGCAUUAUCGGGUUUCCCGAACACCAAUACUAUACAAAUUACUUACGACAUUCCGUCCGGAAUUCAGAGUAACGAACAUCCGAAUCCGGGUCAAGCAUAUUAUGCCGUGGGCUUCCCCCGUGUAUGUUAUCUUCCGGAUAAUAGUCUUGGUCGCCGUGUAUUGAGAUUGCUGCAAGUCGCGUUUGAACGCAGACUGAUCUUCACGAUCGGCCGAUCGGUCACUACCGGUCGCGAGGACGUCGUCACAUGGAACGAGAUCCACCACAAGACCGAGCUCGGACCGUCCACAUCCAGUCACGGCUACCCUGACCAUAGUUACCUCGAAAGAACGCUCGCAGAACUGGCAGCGCAAGGUGUGACUGAUGGGCAAUGAUUGCCGAUACAUCAACAAUUGCAUUUAUUGAAAUUAUUAACAUAUAAAUGAAGUGUUUAUACAAAAAUAAGUUGACCCAUGUAAUUCUGAGAAAAGAAAUCGAGAUUUGGCUGUUUGAAAUAUU